AUGUCGGCAGGUUGGUCAGGGCAGCACGUGCGUGAUGUACGCAUCACUCCUCACAGACAGCGGCUCAAGCAGAGCUAUUCUGCUGUUUUCCGUGUGUCAGCGGCUGGCCUGGCUUGUUGGUUUGCCUCGUCGCUGUGCUUUGCAAGCAUGGCGGUCACCCGAACACCUGGAAAGUCCCAACUAGCCCGGCAGAUCAGCUUUGAGGAUGCCUGGAAGCCCUCUGGUCACUCGCGCUUUUGCUGUUUGAUCUACGCCACACAGAAUGGAUGGAAGCUCCCCAUUCUUUUUGAAGAGCUUCAAUUUCCCUACGACUGGUGCCUUGUGGAUUUUGCGAAGAAUGAGCAAAAGUCAUCAGAGUUUCUGAAGAUCAACCCGAAUGGUCGGAUUCCUGCGCUCAUUGACCGUGAGAGGAAUGUGGCAGUGGCAGAGUCCGGUGCAAUCUUGGAGUACAUAUGCGAAACAUUGAAUAGCAACUUGCUCCCAACGAAGGAAACAAACCUGGAGAAGCAUCUGCAAUGCAAGCAGUGGCUGUACUGGCAAGUCAGUGCACUUGGACCCAUGAUGGGUCAAAGCAUGUACUUCAACCGCAUCGCCGCGACGAAAGGAGAAGUUGACAGUUUUUCAAUCGCGCGUUUUGGCAAAGAAGCCGAGCGAUGCCUUCAGAUGUUGGACGACCAGCUUUGCGAUAGCAAGGGGCCCUUUCUCCUUGGCGAGGAGGUCUCUGCAGUCGAUGUUGCAUGCUUUGCUUAUGCUGCCAGUGCAUACUGGGCUUGCGUCGACAUCAGUCACAUGAAGAAGCUCCAGGCCUGGCUCCAGCACUUGCACGAACGGCCGUCCUUCAAGACUGGCCUGACGAUCCCCUUCGCGAGGCCAGCAUUUUUUGGCCCACCCUGGGCAACAGAGGCGGAUAUUGAAGCGGAAAUCGGAGCCAAUGCGGCCCAGUUCACCAUUCCUGAGAAGAAGUAG